AUGGAGCGCCGUCUUCUGGAUAGGCUUGAUGACGUGGAGAAGGAGCUUCGUCGCUCGCGUGCUGGGUCGGCGUCACCAUCAGCUCCUCGCGCUGCUCCCGUCGUCCCUCUCUCCGCGCUCCUGCCCCACAAUCCCUUUGGAUCCCCGGCACGUUCAGAGCGGCCGCUGCCAGCGGGGAUGGGCUUCGUAGGUGCUGGUGGCGGGCCACCGUGGGCUCAGUUUGCUCCGCCGCGUCCUCUUCCUGCUCCGCGUGAUCUCGCCGUGUCGUCUCACCGUGCCCGCGCGUAUGCGUUGCUUCCGCCAAUGAAGGAAGUUCCCACGGCGACCCUGGCCCGCCUAUGGUCGCUGGCGGCGUCCCUGCAGAGCCACCUUAUGAUUGACACUGCGUUCUCUCUUGUUUGCCGCCCUUCACCUGUCUCCCUCCCCCUCCUUACAGAGAAACCAGACCUCAUGCUCGACACCUCUGUCGCCUGUGACAGCCCGACCACACCGGAUGGCACUGUCACCACGCCGCACCCUGCUGCUGCUGGCAAGAAGAGUCUCUUUGGCUUCCACCGCACCAACUCCAAAGGUCGCAGCAAGGAGAGUGAGGGCGCGUUCGGACCAGGGGCGGUGCAUGCAGCUACUCCUCGACCCAAGUCAACGGAGGAGAUUCGAGGGGGGUUUGGAACGCGCCGUCAGCAGCAGGUGAGAGACGGAUAG